GUUUCUUUAAUGUUGCUUACAAGAUAUUGAUCCAGACGCUGAUGGUAGAUUAUCAAUUGCGUUGACUGAUUGAACAUUGACAGAAGCACUGGGAUUAUCAAAGAUGUAUCAUCAACCGGUGUUGAAGAAUCGGCGAACUCUUUUGGAACGGGCUGAGAAAUUCAUAUCUGAUACUUAUUUCACCGACUGCAACCUCAGAGGAAGACUAUAUGGAGACACCUGUCCUGUGGAGUCCAUCUCAUACUCCAUGUCCCAGAAACGGAUCCCAUUCUUAGAGGCUGUCAAGCUGAACUAUGAGCCCUAUGAAGUCGGUGAUACCUUUGGACCUACAUGGUGGACCUGCUGGUUUAAAGUCUCUUUAAGAAUCCCGGAUUCCUGGAGAGGAAAGCAGGUCCACCUGCGAUGGGAGAGUGAUGGAGAAGCAAUGGUCUGGAUGGGUCAACAGCCAGUACAGGGGUUGACUAAGGAAGGAGAGAAAAUCUGCUAUAUUCUAAGUGAGUGUUUGAAGGACAGCGAGCCCCACAGUAUGACCCUAUACAUUGAACUGGCCUGUAACGGUCUGUUUGGAGCGGGUCAGGGUUCCAUGAUUGCAGCACCCGACCCUGACAGGAAGUACUCUGUUCAGAAGGCGGAGCUUGUCGUGUUCAACCAGGAAGUCAGGGAGCUUCUGACUGACUUUGAGAUGCUUGUUGAUAUUGUCAAGUUGUUAGGUGAGGGCAAUCAGCGUGGCUACCAGGCCUUGUUCACAGCCAAUGAGAUGGUGAAUGUGUGUGAGCCGACCAAUCCCAGCUCAUUUCCUGCUGCCCGCAGUCUGGCUCUUAGGUUCUUCAGCCAGAGGAACGGAGACAGCCAGCAUACUGUCCACGCAAUGGGCCACUGUCACAUAGACUCAGCUUGGUUGUGGCCCUAUGAGGAGACGAUCAGGAAGUGUGCUCGGAGCUGGGUAACGGUAAUACGCUUGAUGGAGAAGAACAGUCACAUGGUUUUCACCUGCUCACAGGCCCAGCAGCUGGAAUGGGUGAGAGGCUGGUACCCCGGCCUGUUCUCUCAGAUUCAGGACCACGCCAAAAAGGGACAGUUUAUCCCCGUAGGGGGAACCUGGGUGGAAAUGGACGGAAAUCUGCCGUCUGGUGAAUCCAUGGUCAGACAGUUCCUGGAGGGACAGUGCUUCUUCAAGAAGGAGUUUGGAAACUACUGCAGAGAGUUUUGGUUGCCUGAUACGUUUGGGUACUCGGCUCAGCUCCCUCAGAUAAUGCAAGGUUCAGGCAUCACACGCUUCCUCACUCAGAAACUCAGCUGGAACCUGGUCAACACCUUCCCUCACAACACAUUCUUCUGGGAGGGUCUGGAUGGUUCCCAGGUCCUGACUCACUUUCCUCCAGGGAACUCCUACGAGAUGAAGGGGAAAGUAGAGGAUCUGGUCAACACUGUCAAGAACAAUAAGGACAAAGGAAGAGCCAAUCACAGUGCAGCUCUGUUUGGGUUUGGUGACGGGGGAGGAGGUCCAACCCAGUUGAUGCUGGACAGACUGGACCGGGUCCAGGACACCGAUGGACUGCCACGUGUUCAGAUGUCCAGUCCAGACCGCCUCUUCUCUUUGCUUGAAGCUGAAUCCUCUCUACUGUGUACCUGGACUGGAGAACUCUUUCUAGAACUACACAAUGGCACCUACACCACACAGGCCCAGAUAAAGCUUGGGAAUCGUCAGUGUGAGGCUCUUCUCCAUGAUGUUGAGGUGGCCAGCAGCCUGGCUCUGUGCCAGGACAACACCUUCCAGUACCCAUCCACACAGCUACACAACCUCUGGAGACUGCUCCUUCUAAACCAGUUCCAUGAUGUCAUUCCAGGGAGCUGUAUAGAGAUGGUUGUAGAGGAUGCACUUCAGUAUUACCAAGAGAUCCGCAGCGUGGGAACCAGACUCCUGCAGGUGGCCGGUGAGGCCCUGGUAGCUAAAGGCCAGACAGAAGUCAGAGGUCAGAGGUCAGAGGACAAAGGACCUGUUGUUCUUAACACCCUGCCCUGGGAACGCACCGAGGUCGUUCCUCUGACUGACGGCACUACUGACCAACCAGUCCUAGCGGUGGUGACGGUGCCUAGUGUUGGUGUCGUGUCUAUCAGAGAAGGUUCUGGAACCCCUCCUGUCAUCCCAGUCUCAGUCAAGGUUCAGGUUGAUGGUUCUGUACUCAUGGAGAAUGGAAUCUUGCGUGCUGUUGUGAAUAAGGAUGGAUGUCUGGCUUCACUGUACAUGGUAAAGACAAACCGAGAGGUGAUCUAUGAUGGUUGGCAAGGGAACCAAUUUGUUUUGUUUGAUGAUGUUCCUCUAUACUGGGAUGCCUGGGACACUAUGGACUACCAUCUUCAGACCAGGAAGCCUGUGAGAGAGGUGGUCCGUCCCAUCCAGGUGUUGUCUUUGGGAGGACUGAGGGGCAGUGUAACCUUCACACUCCAAAUUAGUGAGAAGAGCACUAUCACUCAAGAGAUCAUCCUGGAUGCCAUGUGUCCUUAUAUCAAGUUCAAAACACAGGUGGAGUGGUUUGAGUCCCAUAAGUUCCUGAAGGUGGAGUUCCCUGUGAGGGUGCGGAGUCCCGAGGCGACUUAUGAGAUCCAGUUUGGACACCUGCAACGACCCACGCACAGAAAUACCUCCUGGGACUGGGCCCGCUUCGAGGUUUGGGGCCAUAAAUGGGCGGACCUGUCCGAACACGGCUUUGGAGUGUCUCUGCUGAACGACUGUAAAUAUGGCUACUCUAUUCAUCGUAACGUCAUGACCCUGUCCCUACUACGAGCUACCAAGGCUCCUGAUGCCAACGCAGACAUGGGCAGUCACCAGUUUACCUACGCCAUCAUGCCACACAAAGGAACCUUCCAGGAAGCAGGUGUAAUCCAGUGUGCCUACAAUCUCAAUUAUCCCCUGAGACUGAUUGACCACGCCCCUGGCUCCAAUACUGCAGUCUGGAGUGCCUUCUCUGUCAGCACUGCAGCAGUCAUUCUGGAGACCAUCAAACAGGCAGAGGACAGGAAGGAUGCUCUUCUGGUUCGUCUGUAUGAGUCUCAUGGUGGAAGUGUCUCAGCGUCUCUCUCAACCUCUCUUCCCGUCAGGGAGGCGUGGCACUGUGAUCUACUUGAGCGAGUAGAUCUCUCUCAUCCUGCACCAUUCACAGGAGCUGGAAUCCCUCUCAACUUCAGGCCUUUUCAGAUUGUGUCACUUCUCCUAUACCUGAAGUGAAACAGGAGGUCUGUUCACCAGGAGGAUCGACGCUGUAAUCUUUAGAUCUGAUGACAUCUAGCUACAAUGAGUCUGGAAUACCUGGCAGGAUCUGUUUCUUUAUUUUUAAGUGAUUUCAAGAAAGAAAAUAACCUUUUGUAUGCUGUUAAAUAAAUAAAUGUAUAAUCACUUAA